AUGGGGAGCUCAUCCUCUUCCUCUUGCUCUCCUCAGCCUCCUCCAUUGGCAUAUCUCAUUGGUUCUCAUGCUCACUUCCUCAACCAAUUGAUCACCUCUUCUCCUUCCUCUUCACUCUCAGUCUCAUCACUUCCUUCAUUUGGAGAACCAUUUCCUCCUCUUGAACAAGGUUCACUCCAAUUUCAAAUCUCCUUGCUCGCUCUCACUACUAAUAGGAUCAUUUCUCUUCUUGGUUCUCCUUUCUUCCCUCAAUCUCUCACUCUCAGACUGCUCUUCAGAGGAGACAUGAUCCCCUGCCUCAGGUUCCCCAUCUGCUGGUUCCUCUCUUGUCUCGCUCUCAUACUCCAAACCUUCAUCCUUGCAUCCUUUCUCUCAAUCUCCUUGCUUCUCUGCCUUUUGCCUUCUUGA